CUGUGGUGGACCAUUGUCAAGAUGGAGUUCCACAACAGGUGAUGGAAAGGUUUAUCUCAGGGACAGAAAAGAUGGAUGGCUGCCGUGAACCAUAUCUUCAGAGAUCAACUCUUCUGUUAGCAGCAGUGAUUGUGAGUUAUUGUUCUGCCUCCCAUGCUUUUCACUCCGGAAAGGUCAACAUUUGCUUAUGUGUCCUUAUCUGGUAUGUAAAAGGAAGCUAGAAAGUAAGAAGGAAGCUCUCCUAAUCCUUUCCAAAGAGUUGGAUACGUGUCAACAGGAAAGAGACCAGUACAAGCUUAUGGCUAAUCAACUGCGGGAAAAGCACCAAUCACUAAAAAAGAAAUACCGGGAACUAAUUGAUGGGGACCCAUCGAUUCCUCCUGAAAAAAGAAAACAGGCCAAUCUUGCUCAACUCUUGAACGAUUCUCGGGAUCGAAAUAAGCACCUUGGAGAAGAAAUCAAAGAACUUCAGCAGAGGUUGGGAGAAGUACAAGGGGACAACAAGCUCCUGAGGAUGACAAUAGCUAAACAAAGACUUGGGGAUGAGGAAGUUGGAGCACGCCAUUUUGCAGCACAUGAGCGGGAGGAUCUUGUCAAGCAACUGGAGAAAGCAAGAGAACAAAUUGAAGCUCUGCAACAUGAUCUUCAAGCAGCGUUGGAUGAGCUCCAAGAUGUAAAGCAGGAAUGCUCUUUUUACCAAGAUAAAUCUGAGAGAUUAAACCAGGAGCUUAACCAUGUUCUCGGGGGACAUGUAAACCGCAUUAUUGAUAUUGAUGCUCUUUGUAUGGAGAACAGGUACCUUCAUGAGCGAUUAAAGCAAAUGCAAGAAGAGGUCAACAUUCUGAAAUCAAAUAUUGUGAAAUAUAAGAAUGCUCUAGAGAGAAGAAAAAAUUCCAAGUCUCAUAAUAAGUCAAAUAGCAGUGCGUUAACAGGAGUCCUUUCUGCAAAGCAAGUCCAAGAGCUAUUAUCAGAAGACCAUGGAUGUAGCCUACCAGCCACACCACAGUCUAUUUCUGACCUUAAAUCUUUGGCUACUGCUUUACUAGAGACAAUCCAUGAGAAAAACAUGGUCAUUCAGCAUCAGAGGCAAACUAACAAGAUCCUAGGCAAUCGUGUAGCAGAGUUGGAGAAAAAGUUGAGAACUUUAGAAGUUUCUGGUUUGUGGAGUCUCCCAGGUGGCAAAGAUACCAUAAUGUUCAGUGACCCUCUUCUUCCUGUCAUCCAGAGGUCUCAGUCUCCAUUGCUAACUUUCAAUGAAAAGCCACAAGAGAAGACAGAAGAAGAACAAGCUAGGGCACUGGAGAAGUGUACUGCUAAAACCCCAUCGUCACUUGCAGAGGAAAUGGCUGAAGUUUUUGACGAUCCCUCUAUAAAACAAAACAACAGUGACAAACGCAAUCAUUUUCAUCCACCAUUACCCCAGUUUCCUUCUGAGGAAGAUGAUGGAAAUGAGUUUGGGAAUGAAACAAUUGAGCUAACGGAGGAACAGACAGCCACAGAGGUGGACGGGAGCAGAGCAGAAUGUUCAACAGCGAGCCAAACAGCAUGUCAGCCGCAGCUCAACCGCUUAUCUGAAGAUGAAUCCCCCUUGCCCAGCCCUCAUCUGUUGGAUUCCACAGAGCCAUCCAACCUAGAGAAUGAACAUGCACAUAAGACCCAGCCUGUAGUGGAAGAGACAGGAAGUUUAGAAAGCUGUUCUGAGAAACUUGGUGACAAAAAGGAUGGAAACAGUGGCAUCAUGAACAUGAAAGAUGGAGAAGAAAUAACUGUUUCAACCCUAAAUUUAAGUCACAGUCUGGAGAAGGACCCUGGAGUUGUGAAAGUGACAGACAAUUCUCCUAAUUUGGACUCUUCAUGACUAUUUCAACCAUGGCAUUGUUUGCUGGAGGAAUAUAUUUCCGGGCCUACAAGUUACCUCCUUUUAUGCUUCUUUCUUUCUUUCUUUCUUUCUUUCUUUCUUUCUUUCUUUUUCUUUCUUUCUU